UCAAUGAUAAAUACCCACUGCCUAACGUUGUUCCUGCACACUCACACCCAGAGCCGCAAGACAGACAGACGUCUCACAAACGAGGACUAUAUCUAACCCAGGCAAAAUGGUGAAAGUUGGUGUCAAUGGAUUCGGUCGCAUCGGGCGUCUGGUGACCCGUGCUGCUUUCCACUCCAAGAAGGUUGAGAUUGUGGCCAUCAAUGACCCAUUCAUCGACCUGGAGUACAUGGUCUACAUGUUCAAGUAUGACUCCACUCACGGUCGCUUCCACGGUGAAGUCAAGAUGGAGGGUGACAAGCUGGUCGUCGAUGGACACAAGAUCUCUGUGUUCCACGAGAGGGACCCUGCCAACAUCAAAUGGGGUGAUGCUGGUGCCCAGUACGUGGUUGAGUCCACUGGUGUGUUCACCACCAUUGAGAAGGCCUCUGCUCAUCUGAAGGGUGGUGCCAAGAGAGUCAUCAUCUCUGCCCCCAGCGCUGACGCUCCCAUGUUCGUCAUGGGUGUCAACCACGAGAAGUAUGAGAACUCCCUCAAGGUUGUCAGCAAUGCUUCCUGCACAACCAACUGCCUGGCACCCCUGGCCAAGGUCAUCAACGACAACUUCCACAUCGUUGAGGGCCUGAUGAGCACUGUUCAUGCCAUCACUGCCACCCAGAAGACCGUGGACGGUCCCUCUGGCAAGCUGUGGAGGGAUGGUCGUGGCGCCAGCCAGAACAUCAUCCCCGCUUCCACUGGUGCUGCCAAGGCUGUCGGCAAGGUUAUCCCCGAGUUGAACGGCAAGCUGACCGGCAUGGCUUUCCGUGUCCCCACCCCCAAUGUGUCCGUGGUUGACCUGACAGUCCGUCUGGAGAAACCCGCCAAGUACGAUGACAUCAAGAAGGUUGUGAAGGCUGCCGCUGAGGGACCCAUGAAGGGAAUUCUGGGAUACACAGAGCACCAGGUUGUGUCCACAGACUUCAACGGCGACACCCACUCCUCCAUCUUUGAUGCUGGCGCUGGCAUUGCCCUGAACGAGCACUUUGUCAAGCUGGUCACAUGGUACGACAAUGAGUUCGGUUACAGCAACCGCGUCUGUGACCUGAUGGCCCACAUGGCCUCCAAGGAGUAAACCAACCAGCCGAUUUGGCCGUCACUGCACUAAGCCCACAUCACCCACAUUCUUCUGAUGCCAGAGUUAUACAUCAUCUAUAACACUGCCCGGUUUCCUUCAGAUAGUUGACUCCCAUCAUAUGCUUGAAGAAAGGUUCCACAAAGAACAAAUGAAAAGAUUUAAAUUGGCAACCAAUUCCUUUAUUUUUUUUCCCUGUUCUGUUCUUGUGUGAAAUGGUAUGAAGGUGUGAGAGUCUUUCGCUGUCUGUGGUACUGAGUUGCUGCAGUCAGUGGUGGAAUAAAGUCCUCUGUUUGUGAGAUUCACAUAA